AUGUAUAAUAAUAAAAUGGUUAACUAUGAAAAAGAGGAAAAAAAGAGAACAGAAAUAAAUUUUAUAAAGAGUGAAAAAUAUCACCAUAGUAAUAACGAUUUUAACAAAAAUAUCGAAAAAAUAAAUACAGAAAAAUGCGAACGAGCAUCUAUAUUACUUGACAAUAUGAGUGCAUUGGAUUAUUCAAAUUUAAAUAAUGGUGACAAAAGGAGUGAUAGUAUUUAUAGUGUAAAUUGGAAAGUUUUAAAAACAAAUGAAUUAAAUUAUAUGAAUUCAGGAAAUAUAGGGAAUGAUAAAUAUAAAAGACGUUCCUUAACAUGUAAUAAUUUUACAAAUAAUAUUUUUGAUUCAAGUAUAAAUGAAAAUAAAAAAUUAUUAUAUGAAAUAGAAAAAUCAGAUUUUAAAGAUAUAAAUCAACAAAUUGGAAAAACCCUUAUUAAUAGUUAUAGUGAUUAUUAUUUAGAAAAUGAAAAGAAAGAUUGGAGUAAAUUUAAUAAAUUUUCUAAUUAUAAUAUGCUUGAUUUAGAUACUUAUAAUAAUGAAGAUAUAGAUAUACCUUUAUAUAAAGAUAAAACAAAUAUAAUAAUUGAUAAUGGGAAAAAUGAUGAUAAUCCUUUUAAUAAUAGGUUAAUGAAUUUUCAAAAGCGAAAACAUGUUAAAAAUUAUAAUGGUGAAAAUAUAAAAUUUGAAUUGCUUAAGGAAAAUAAAGAUGAUUAUAAUGGAAGAAAUAACAUAUUUUAUAGACCAGAUGAAAAUGUAAAUAAAAUUGAAAUGAAUCGGAAAAGAAUAGACAAAGAAGAUAAAUAUAUAUUCAAUUUGAAAAGUGGGAAAAAAGAACGAAUAGAUGUGAAACUAUGUAAGGAUAAAAAUAAAAAGGAUGUAAAAAAAAAUAUAAUUAGUGAAUGGUAUAAUAAUAGUGAAGAAAAUAAUAAAAUGUUUGAAAAUAAAAUGAAAACAGAAUUUGAUAUAAAAUUGAAUAAAAUGAUUGAAAAAUAUAGAGUUCAAGAUGAAGAAAAAAAGGAAGUAACAAAUAUUAUUUAUAAAAAAUAUAUGAAUAUAAAAAAUGGUUUAAUAAAAGAAAGUUAUGAAAAAAAAAAAUUAAAAGACGAAAAUGAAAAAUUAAAAAAUGAAUUAAUGGGGUUAAUUAAACCGCCUAUUGAAAAUAAUAUGAUUUAUGAUUAUAAAAAGAAAUUAGAAAAUUAUAUGUAUUUGUCAAAAAAUAAAGAUAUCGAAGUUAAAAAAUUAGAAAAUGAAUUGAUAAAUAUGAAAAAUAAGUUAAAUGUAUUUGAAAAAGAAUAUCUUGAUUUGUCUAGUGAAAAAAAAAAGUUAAGAGAUACUAAUGAGGAAAUUAAAAAGGAUAACAUAAACUUAAAAAAAAAAUUAGAAACUUUUAAAAUUGUAAAUGAAGAAAUGAAGGAAAUUUUAUUUUAUAAAGAUUUGAAAAUAAAUUAUUUUUAUAAUAUAAUAAAUCUUCUUGAUUCAACAAUAAUAAAAGAGGAUAUUCAAAAGGCAAUGUUUUCAAAAGAAAAAAAAAGAGUAGAAAUUUUCGAUGAUAUAGAUAAUGGUAGCAUUGAUAGCCAAAAAAUGGAAAAUAAUUGUCGAAAAAAUAUUGAUGAAUAUCAGAGCUUUAAGGGAGAUAAGGAAAUGGGGGUAAUAAAAAAUAUGAACAAAAAAAUAAUAAUAAAAUCAUUUGUUCAGAAAAUAGAAGAUAUAAAUAAAAAAAUAAAAAAACACAUGAAUGCACUUGAUAGUUAUGAAAAUAAAAUGAGCAAUAUUUUAUAUAAUAGUUAUGAAAUUGGUGAAAAUAGUGAAAAUACAAAUGAGAAAAAUAAAAAAGAUAAUGAAUUACUUGAUAAAUAUUUUAAUUGUGAAAAUUUGUCUUUUAAUGAAAAUGAAUUAAAUUUAUCUGUAGGAAGUGAUGGGUUAACUACAUUUUUCGCAAAGAGUAGUUCAAAGGAUAAGAAUUGA